CCUCACCAUCCCGAACCGAUUAAACAGCAGAGCAUUCACCGUCUCAGCUCUGCUCAGCAGCCAAAAGUGCACAUUCUCUCACCGCUCCCUGCUUCCCCCCAUGGACCGCCAGCCCACAUGCCAGACACCACGCUCUCUACCUCCGCCAAAGGAGCAACCUUCCUCAUCCUCCAACAACUAACUUCACGCCUCCUCACCUUCACCGCCAACCAGAUCCUCCUCCGCUUCCUCUCCCCCGUCCUCCUAGGCGUCUCCGCACAAUUGGAACUCUUUUCCAUCUCCGUAUUAUACUUUGCCCGGGAAAGCCUGCGCGUGGCUUUGCAGCGCCAAGCCCCCUCCCUCCAGGCCCUUAUCAAUCUAUCCUAUCUGGCCAUUGUCUCGGGGAUUCCCCUGAUUCUGAUACUUUCAUCUCUCUGGAUCAGCAGUGCAGACACGCUCAAUGUGCCGUAUUUUCCAGCAGCACUCCGUCUCUACAGCCUCGCCACGUUCCUGGAACUCCUGACCGAGCCCGCCUUCGCCGCCGUGCAGCAGCGCUUCGUGUAUCGCAUUCGGGCGAGUGCGGAGAGCACCGCGACGCUGCUAAGAUGUCUCGGGACGUGUGGGGUUGCGAUUUGGGGGAAUAGCAGGGGAGUGGAUGUGGGUGUUUUGCCGUUUGCCGUCGGCCAGUUGAGUUAUGCCAUCACUCUUUUGGUGGUAUAUAUCUAUCAGAUUGCGCCCGUCGUGCGGGAGUCUGGAGUUUCUCUUCUCCCUAGGAGGAUUAAGACGGAGAAAGAGGCGGAGGCGCAAGUGGUGGGUGGCUAUAUAUCUAUGCCGCUGCUGCGAUUGACGGGCAGUUUGACGUUGCAGUCGACACUCAAGUAUGUGCUUACGCAGGGGGAUGGACUGAUUGUGGCGAGCUUGGUGUCGUUGGAGGAGCAAGGGGCGUAUGCUUUGGCGGCGAAUUAUGGAGGACUCAUUGCGAGGAUGGUGUUUCAGCCCGUGGAGGAGAGCGGGAGGAAUCUGUUUGGAAGGGUUUGUGGGGAGGGGGAGGCGAAGGGAAGGAAAAAGGAAGCAUCUCCUCCGUCUGAUUCUUCUUCUUCUUCUCCUCCUUCUCCGGCCCCAUCCACUUCUAAACCCUCAUCACCUCCCAAACCCGAAACCUCAAAACCCCCCUCCCAACCCCUCACCCAAGCCUACUCCACCCUAACCCUCCUCCUCCACCUCUACACCCUCGUCUCCCUUUUCUCCAUCACCCUCGGCCCCCCUCUCUCCUCCCCUCUUCUCUCCCUCCUCGCAGGCCCCAAAUGGUCCUCCACACCCGCCCCCUGCCUCCUCGCCGCAUACACCUACUACAUCCCCUUCCUCGCCCUCAACGGCAUCACCGAAGCCUUCGUCUCUGCCGUCGCGACCAGCAAACAGCUCCACAUGCAGUCCCUCUCCAUGGGCAUAUUCUUCAUCCUCUUCGCUGCAACAGCGUGGGUCGGCAUCGAUGACCAGUGGGGCCUGGGGUUGGGCGGGAGGGGAGUCGUGUUGGCGAAUUGUGUGAAUCUGGGGUGUCGGGUUGUUUGGAAUUGGGCUUUUAUCAAGCGCUGGUUUGGGGAGAGGGGGGUUGAGGUUAGGAUUGCGGAUGUGUUGCCUAGUAAGUAUAGUGUUGCGGGGGCGGUGGUGGUGCCGAGUCUUAUGGGGUGGAGGUGGGGUGGGAGUGUGCUGGGGAGGUAUGGUGUGUUGGGGGAGUUGGUGAGGUUGGGUGUUGUGGCGGGGGCGUUUGUGGGAUAUGUGGGUUGGUGUGAGAGGGGGUUUCUGAGGGGUGUUUGGGAGGUGGUGAGUGGUGGGAGGUGAUGAGGGAGGAAUGGAGGAAUGUGGAGGGGAAUAGCUAGGAUUUCAGAAGUCACAUCAAUGAGUGAGUUUCGAGCAUCAAUGAAAG